UUGGCAUUUCACAGCUUUCGAGAGUAGAUCGCAGCUGAAGGGAAUGCAGAGAAGGAGAGGAAAUAGAGAAUAGAGAGAAAGUGAGAGAGAUUCUGGGGAUCCUGAGGCUUUUACGACCUGUUAGUCACAGUUCUCCAGAGAAUAGUUGAAGUCGUAGAAAGGCAGAUACUGAGAACCUAGAGACCUGGAACCUUCAUCUACAGGCAUCUAUUUAGGGCAGCUCCAACUUUCUAUGAAACGGGGAGUAAAGCUGGAGCAAAACAGACUGGAUUAAGAAAAUACAAUUUAUGCUAAAAACAGAACUACAAAUCUGAAAGAGAAUGAAAGAGAGGGAGAGAAUGUGCCACACAUGAAUGUGCCACACAAGCACAUUCACAAAGAGUGAAGAGAAACAACAUCUACAAUGGUCACAAUUCACUGGGACUCAGGAUUGAAGAGGGAAACCGAUGCUAUGACAACCAACUUCCCUACCAACGUCACAUUCUUUCCCUUUCCCAAGUCCUCCCACUCACUCAUCGCCACGGAGACUACCUUCAAGAACCUCUUGACCGCCACAACCCCUGACCCCAGGGAACACUGUCAACUUGACGACAGCUCCCUUCAGAUCCCUCUAGCAGUCCUCUACUCUGUCCUAUUCGUCUUGGGCCUGGCCGGCAACAUACUGGCGCUCUGGGUCUUUCUAUACGUCCACUCCAAGAAGAACUCUGUCCGAGUAUUCCUCAUCAACGUAGCGUUAGCUGACCUGCUACUGGUCAUCUGUCUCCCAUUCAGAGUCCUCUACCACAGUAAAGGGAACCACUGGGACAUGGGCCCCACCCUCUGUAAGGUCGUGGGAAACCUCUUUUAUAUGAACAUGUAUAUCAGUAUCACCUUAUUAGGGUUGAUCAGUGUGGAUCGCUAUCUGAAGAUCCAGCGUACCGUCGUGGGGCAGUAUCGCCUCCAGGCCACCAGAUGGAGCUCCACCGUCUGUGGGACCAUCUGGAUCCUGGCCCUCGCCUCUGUCAUACCCAUGAUCCUCCUCUCCGAGGGAAACGAGGAGUUGAACAAGUGUUUCCAGUAUAAACAGCGAAAGCAUGCGCAGGGGAAGGCCUAUUUCAACCUCUUCCUGGUUGCUGUGUUCUGGUUUGUGUUUGUCUGCCUUGUGGUGUCUUAUGGGAAAAUUGCACUCAAGCUGCUGAGGGCGUCGAGAGAUAAACCGGACCUCCCCAACGCGACCCGCUACAACCGUACUGCCAGGAAGUCCUUCUUCGUCCUCUUUCUGUUUACCAUCUGCUUCGUACCCUAUCACAUGGUUCGGGUGUUCUACGUCGUCUCCCAGAUCAGCGAAACUUCCUGCUUCUGGAGGGGUGUGGUAGACCAAGCCAACGAAGUGGUGUUGCUACUCUCUGCCCUCAACAGUUGCCUAGACCCCGUGAUGUACUUCCUGUUGUCGGAGUCCGUGAGGAAAGAGACACUCCGAUUGGUCAAUAACAUAUUCCGACUGAGUGACUCGGGUGGCAGUGGGAGUGGCUCCAGUGUGGAUUGUGGAAGGAGCCUUGAGGAGCAGCCAACCGUUAGUUUCAUCAGUAAUCUGAGGAGAAAAAUAACUGUCCAGCCCUCCCUCCUUCAGAUAUAAAUAAGAUGAAGUUGUCACUGGACACUGAUCCGAGGUCAGUUUUGGACUUUGUUGGGCCACAAAAUAGCAGCAAAGUCCAUCCUCCUUCAGGUAUCAGGACCAGCCAGCAUAUGCCAUUUUGUGCCAAGAACAACUUGAAGAGGGAGAGCAUGAACACGACUCCAUGGAAUUGGGGCAUUAACUAUUAGAGUCUUUAUCAUAAAGGAAGCAUUAGCAUCCAGUCAGAUGACAGUUUUUGCAGGGUAUAUGUCAUGUUAAAGGACUGCACAGACAUUAAGAGGACCAUACAGACACCACAGUGACAUUACUGAGAGCAUAAUGGGACUUUUAUAAAUGAGGAAAUUGAAUCACUUGGUCAUGACAUGCUGGUGGAAAACAACAAAGACAAUACCCAAUCUCACUUAUAAAAGCCAUGAAGACACGCUAUGCUAAAAUAAAAUAUGUGGGACUAUAAUGACAAAACAUCAAAUAUUACUAUUCAUUGUGAAGAGGCUACUGGAUGGUUGUUGAGUGGUUUUGUAACAGCUUUUGCCUGUUUCAAUGUUUCAUAUAUUGCCCGUAACAGGUACAUUUUGAAACUAUAUUGAAUAAUUAACAUGAAAAAAUGAAUAAACUGAACAAUGUAAUGAAAAUGGCAUUGUUGUUAUACUACUGGUAUACUGUACAUAUUGCAACAUUGGGCCUUGGUUGGCCCUCAGUAAAAACCAAAGCAUUGAUUUGUCAUGUACUCAUAUGAAUGGAUUUAUAAAGACUUGUUACAUCAGACAAUGCGAAUUACAGACUACAAAAAGUAGACACUCAAAGUGCUGAAUAGCAAAAUCCCAAGUUCAGGCAGGUCAGGCAGGUCUAGCAUGGACAGGGAAGAGUACAACAACCUCUGUAUGAGGCCACUAUAAGGCGCCCUCCACUUUAUUAUUCAUUAAGGUGGAGUGUGUAGCGAUGGUAUUACCAGCGAUGAUAAGAAGAUUUAAAGUCUUUGACCACAGUAACAUAGGAUGCAUGAGAGAGAGAGAGAGAGAGAGAGAGAGAGAGAGAGAGAGAGAGAGAGAGA